AAAGCACAACAAUUUGAUAUAUGAAACAAGCAUUCUCAUUUCGGAUCUCGCAAUGGACGCAGCAAUACUUGAGUGAACGGAGGCGAUCGGUCAACAAGCAUGCCCAUGUCCCUGCAGGCCGCUGCAGCCCCGGCCCCAACGCCGGCUCCAGCUGUCAGUACCUCGGCAGGCAACCAACUGAUGCGCCCCCAAACGCUGGCUGGUCCCGAGCGUGAGCCCAUCGAGUUCAAUAUCAAUCUGGUGGGCGCCCCGCCUGAGGUAGAGCAGCUGGUGCAGCAGAUCAAGAGCGUGGCCGAGCAAUUCCUAUAUCAUUGGAAGAGUUUUCCCAUCGUUCUGCCGCAAGCAUUGGCCAGCAGUGGCCUGAAUCUGACGGCCAGUAAUGCGACGAACAGUGUCAGCAGUCGCAAAGCGCGUCCCAUUAAUCUGCGUGACCUAUUUAUAGCGCCUCCCUUCGACGAGCUAGAUGCAGUGGCCUCCGAUGGUAGCGGCGAGCCGCGCCGCCUGACGAACGCCCAAUUGAAAACGCUCCGUGAAACUGGCUUGCAAAAGGAUAAAUAUGGAAAGCCGAAGAAAUUAACUUUGGAACAAUUGGAAACAAUACGUAAAAAUGGCGAAUUCGAUGUGCCGAGCCUGCAUUUUCCGGGUCAGGUGCACAAAUGGCGUCUGUCGCAGCUGCUGCAGAAGGGCCGCCUGCGUGCCCAUGACUCCUUUCUGAGUGAUCUGGCCCUGGCGGCCCGCUUUGUGGUGGUCACUGCUCGGUCGCGUAUCUUCUCGCAUUUCUUUUCGGUUGUGCAUGCAGUGCAUGGCUUGAUCGGGGCAUUCACCAAGCUGGCGGAUAUGUUUAUUGGCGUGCCCGCGUUGCUGGCCCACAAUUUGGACUACAAGAUCAAGGAGGAGAGGUGUCGUUUCCUCAUCGCGGAGUUGGUUUGUCGACCCGAGUUCGAGGACUGUCUGGAUGGCCUCUGCUCGUAUGUUCGUAAAAUGCUGCGUCGUGCCACCAUGGAAAAGUUCGAUUUCAAUAGCUGUGAGGUCAGCCAGCCCGUGCCCUAUUUGUUCCUCACCCCCAAGGGACAGGAAAUCGAUUUGCGUCUGUUCUGUCGGGACAUCAUGCGCAAGGCUUUGCCCAUCCUGAUUGGCAUUUUGGAGAGGGAGACGCGUGGCUGGUUUUUGCAUUUCCGCGAGCGUCUGAUUGCCGAGCUGCGAGCCAAAAAGCUCAACGACAAGGAGAUCGAAGAGGAGGUCAACGAGGCCGUAAUGAAGGAGUACUUGCAGCGCGUGUACAGCUCCAUCGUGGGCAAUGCCAAGCUGGCAGAGCUGGGCACCGGAGUGCCCGAGUUGCUCGUACAGCAGGCCCAGUCUGUGGUGAUCAUGUACAAGGCGGUGGACAAGGUGCAGCAGGAUAUUAAGCGCACUCGCGAGGACCACCAGAAGUGUCUGGCCAACGAUCACUCCGUUUUGUCGCGCGUGACGCCCUGGCUGCGCUCCAAACUGCGCAACGCCGAGGAGAACCGACUGUACAAGUGCGCCUGGUCGGCCCACGAGGAGGCGCUGAAGAUGUGUGCCCAGCACCAGCUUCACCAGACGGCGUACUUCCUCUCCCGCGAUCUAGCCUUCAUGAAGGAACGUGAACCAGUGCUGCUCAAGGAGCUGAAAAACGCCAAGACGCCCACGCGCAGUUUUCAGUGGGCCUGUCGCAUUUGGUCACCGCAAUCGUGGAUCAUUCGCCGCAACUUUCAGGGCCAGUCGGAUGUGAUACCCACUGUCAUCAGCCAGCAUGCCACGUCCAUUGUAACUCCUCGCUCCGACCCCAGCCAGCCAGUGUUUCUCGUCGAAAAGGAGAUCAUUCGCACGACAAGCACGCGCUGGCCCUUCUGGCGCCUGUUGAACAUGUUGCAGCGCAUCUGGUGCUGGUCGUGGAAUAUGAUGUUCCUGCUCGGUAUACUCGUCCCCUGGUGCAGUCCUCUGGGACUGCGCGCCCUCUGCUAUGUGAAGCCCUUCAUGCCGGACCUGGAACUCUCGCAGAUCAAUGGCACGCUUUUUCCGCGCAAGACGAGCAUCACUCAGACCAUGGCGUCGCGUCUCAUCGAGCUCUGGCGGCACAUAUCAAAAUCACGUACGCAUUUCGAGACGGAACCAGAUACGGGGUUCAUUGGCAAGGGAUUGACGCGUAAUCUGAAUCGCACUUGGAACUACUUUGUGAAGGGUUUCCUGGGCACCAUUGUCAUUCUAUUCGCCUUUCCAUUGAUCUGUCUGGCCGCCAGUUUGCUGAGCAUUGGCCUGGCCCUCACUGCCCCGCUGUGGAUACCCGUAUUUGUGCUCCUGCUGCACAUUUACAUGAUACUCAUCUAUGAUCUGGAUGCGCCGGAUAAUACGAAAAAUCGUUAUUGCAUUUUACUGGAGGCCAUAGUUUGGAAUCUUCUGAUACAGGGCUUGCUGCAACCACUGGCGGCGAUUCUGGUGGCUACACUGAUCUGUCCCCUUGCAGCGGGGAUUGUCUUUAUAGUUGGCGUCAUUCGGUAUACUCUUCGGCUUGUCUGGGACUCUCUCACCUAUCAUCUGUUCAUCAAGAAGUGCGGCCGAGUGCCUGCCUCCGAUAGCAUUGCAGUGAAACGGAUUGCUGGACCCGGUCUGGCCCUGGACUACUACUUUAUAAUCAGACCAGAGCAGGCCCUGGCCGCGCUAGAGGCUAAAAUGGAACUGGACGAACUGCAGGCGUAUCAACAUGCCACCGAACGGGUUGUACUGCAGCCGCAGCAGGAUUUCCUGCAGUUUGUUGAGGCCUGCUUUGGGCCCUUCUCGGCGCAAAUCAGCAAAAUCGGUCCGUAUUUGUCGCUGGAUCGAGAGGCGCAGGAUUUAAUGAGCACGCUGCACGAGAAGCUGGAGAAACGGCGACGAGAGCUGCAAACGGCCUUAACCACUCAGGUCAAGUCGCGCAUUAAGUUGAAUACCAAAGAAUUGAAGAUUGCAAUACAGUUGGCCGCCCAUAUACUAGAGAAGUAUUAUCCGUCUCAUGUCAUCGGCAGACUGUCGAUUAGCGAAGAAGAAUUCUGGGAUAACAAGGGUCUCACGGUUAAUGACUGGCCGGGUUUGGCUGGUCUCAUAUAUACCGACAUAUUUAGUUUAGAUUUCCUAACGCCACUGACUGAACAUGAUACCCAUUUUAAGCUAGAACCACAUGCCUCGCUCGAUUUGAUGCGCUACACGGAGAUGGUGAAGAAUGCCAACGAUGUGAUCGGCUCCAAGGGGCUGGACCUGCUGGGCAAUGUGUAUGCCCCGCGUGGCAAUGUGCAGGUACAUCUGCCCUUCCUUGAGGUGACCGCUUUUAAUCCGCGCUCCCGCAUAACGCUAACCUUUCGCAAGCCCGAGAAGCGGGACAUGUCUGUGGGUCUGACCACGCCGCGGGUACGCGCCCAUCGAGCCCAGCAUGUACCGAAAACAGGGCAGGAUGGCCAGAAACCUUGGCGGCCAUGGAAGCAGCAGUGCGGGGACAAGAGUGUGACCGAAAAUCUGCUCAUACCGCUGCCAGUUCCGCACCCCGUGCACAUUGCCAUUGCCAUUUUCAAUCGGGACACGGAACAGCCCAUUCCCCUGGACUCUGAGCUGGUCUGGGAGAUACUCAAAUCAAUUGAGGAUUGCCAAGGCGGUGAUGCAAUGGCUGUCCAGGCUGUGGCGCGUUAUCGUGGAGCGGUGAUCGAAUCCAGCAUUGAUUCACUGGCCAGCAGCAGCAGCAUUGGCAGCACAAGGGACUCUGGCUCCGGUUCUGUCUCUGGCUCCGCCUUGGGCAAUGGCACAGAAACUCUGCCCUGCGGCAAUCGUGAGGUGUGUACGCAGGUGAAAGUAGAUGCAGAGCCACCAUCGGGCUCCUCUGGCUUCCAUUGGACCCUAAGCAAUUGGGGCGCAGCGCAGACCGCCCGUCGUCGUACCAACUCAAAUGUGCGCGUAGAUCUGGCCAGUCCCGAGGAUAUAUCCCUGGACACGGACAGUUCGCGGGCCGUUUUUAACAAUGCCUAUGGCACAACUGUCUAACAGGGCCUCCCUCUCUCUCUGGUUCGGGGGCACACAAGUAUAUAUUUAACCCAUAUAUACCUAUAGAGAUAUGCGUGGCUGCUCGCUUUUAAAAGAUGAUAUGCAUAAUCCUGUUUUUAUCUCGAAUAUCGUUUUAAGAGUUGGCUUUUAUGUCCCUGUAUCCUUCAAGAAAUCGCUUUCAAAGUUUGCCAAACUGUCCAAGCUUCUUUGUAGGUCCAGAUCCGCAGGACAUUCACUCCCUAUUUCAUUGUAGAACCACCCCAAGCAGCCGCGCUAGUUAACGUGUAAUAUGAACAAAUUUAUCCCAUAUAUCUAUAUUUACAUAUGCGUAUAUGCUAUAC